CCUCCUCCUCCUCCUCCUCCUCCUCCUCCCGGGAUCGCUCCCGGCCAUGGAAGGCUCGGGACCCCCGGGGGGGGCGCGGGGGUCGCCGCCCCCCUGAAACCACGGCGGGAAAGAUUCCCGUUUUUCCCGACGAUGGAAAACCUCCUGCUGCCUCUCCUCCUCCUCUUCUUCGUCUUCUUCUUCACCGCAACCACCGCGAACUCCCCGCCCUGCCCCAAGCGCUGCUCGUGCCAGAACCUCUCGCCGUCCUUCACCAUCCUCUGCACCAAAACCGGGCUCCUCUUCGUGCCGGCCGGCAUCGACCGGCGCACGGCCGAGCUCCGGCUCAUGGAUAACUUCAUCACCGUGCUCCGGAAGCGCGAUUUCGCCAACAUGACCCAGUUGAUCCACUUGACUUUGUCCCGCAACACCAUCAGCCAAAUCAUGCCUUACGCCUUCUCCGACCUCAAGGGCCUCCACGCCCUCCACCUGGACAGCAACCGGUUAACGGCGAUUAACGAGGAGCACUUCAAAGGGUUAAUUAACCUACGCCACUUAAUCCUGAGCAACAACCAGCUCAGCUUCAUCUCGCCCAAAUCCUUGGACGAUUUCUUGGAGACCAUCGAGGAUUUGGAUCUGUCCUACAACAAUCUGGUGGACGUCCCUUGGGGGACGGUGGCCAAGCUCUCCAACGUCAACACGGUGAGUUUGGAUCACAACCUCAUCGAGUUCGUGCCCGAGGGGAUUUUUUCCAACCUCCACAAGUUGGCCAGGUUGGACAUGACCUCCAACAAACUCAAGAAGAUCCCGCCGGACCCGCUCUUCUCCCGCAUCCCCGUCUACGCCAAAUCCAAAGGUUCCCCGUUGACCUCGUUGGUGUUGAGUUUCGGCGGCAACCCCCUCCACUGCAACUGCGAGCUGGUUUGGCUGCGCCGCUUGACGCGCGAGGACGACCUGGAAACUUGCGCCUCGCCGCCGGAACUGAUGGGAAAAUAUUUCUGGAGCAUCCGCGAGGAAGAAUUCGUCUGCGAGCCGCCCAUGAUCACUCACCGGACGCCCAAGUUGGUGACGGCCGUCGGUCAGAGCGCGUCGUUGAAGUGCAAAGCCGUGGGCGACCCCGACCCGUACGUCCGGUGGAUCGCGCCCGACGGAAAGUUGGUGGCCAACACCUCGCGGACGGUUUCGUACGAAAACGGAACUUUGGACAUCUUGGCGGCGGCGUUGGGCGAUCAAGGGACGUUCACUUGCAUCGCCUCCAACGCCGCCGGCGAGUCGACGGCGCCGGUCGAGUUCCGCGUGACGCCGGACGCCAACGGCACCGAGUGCGAGGAGGAGGAGGGGAAAAAAAGCGCGACGGCGCGGCCGGAGCCGUCGGAUAUCCUGAUUUCGGCCAAGUCGAGUUUUUCCAACGAUUCCAAGGCGGAGAAGGACAAAGGGGGGGUGGUGGUGGCCGAGGUGACGGCGACGUCGGCGUUGGUGCGGUGGCCGCCGCAGGAGGAGCUGGAGGGGUUGAGGAUGUACCAGAUCCAGUACAACAGCUCGGCCGACGAGAUCCUGGUUUAUCGGUGAUUGGAUGGGGGGAAA